AUUCGGAAAUGAUGAACAACGGAGUGUGCAUCAGACUACUUCUCUUACUGAUGAUCCUCUUUGCCUUGGGUAACCCAAAUGAAGCCUGUUCCGGCCGUCGACGAAGAUCGCCACCUCCAGAUACAACACCGCCGAAGUAUGUUAACGAAUUUGCUGUAUGUAACAAGAAAUCUUCCACCAAGAAUUAUGGUAAAUUCGUAGUUGUGAAGCCAAAAGAAAAAUUCUGGAGUACGCCAAAGGCGGAAGAUGAAAAGAGCAAACCCGUUCAUAUCGACGAACCCUACCUACCAAAUGAGUUUGGAACUGGCGUACAUGAAUAUGCUUAUCAUGCACGGGACAGUGCUCCUAGUCCCAACAUGAACAUCUGCAAAAUACGAUUUGAAGUCCAAGUCAAGACAUGCCCGGUGCUGAGUAAUCCAGAUAAUGGUUACCACGACUGUCCUCGUAUAACUGACUACCUGGUUGUCGGGACGACCUGCCGAUACUUCUGCAAAGACGGCUACAAUUUACAGGGUGCACCUCAGCUAGAAUGUCACGGAACAUCAGACGAAAGUUCUGCAACAGUUGCAUGGGUACCACUGCCCGAACCAACCUGCACAUUAAUUACAUGUGGUCCACUUGAAGAUCCGUCGUACGGUACAGUGUCAUGCACACAACAGGACGAAUACUUCAGCAUCUGUUCUUAUAAAUGUGAUGAAGGAUAUGAUCUCGGUCCAGGGGUGGCUUCAAACCUAAUCUGUCUGUCCAGCGGCUGGUCUGCACCGCCAGUUCUGGAAUGUAAAGAUAGUGAAAGUCCUGUAUUAUCUGGCUGUGAGUCUUAUCAGUUUUUCCUCCCUGCCAAUGAAAGUGCAUCAGCCUUCAACUGGACUGUCCCAGAUGCAUCUGACAAUAGUGGUGACGAGCUAACCAUCACUGUGCCAGCUUUCCCCAGGCCAGGCGUACAUGAACUGGAGGCUGACUAUUACAGUUUACCCUACUCAGUCACAGACAACAGUGGAAACAUCGGGACAUGCAGUGUUUAUCUUAUCGUGUCAGAAAUCCGCUGUGAACAUCUGCUUUCACGAGAAGGUCUGCAGGCGUAUUGUAGCCGUGGAACUCUUAGAGGUUCCUUUUGCCACUUCUCCUGCACUGAAGGUUACUACCUUGAGGGCGAGAACCAUGCUAUGUGCCAACAAAGAAACCCUGGUUCCAAGCUAGGCGAAUGGUCGAAUCCAACACCCCAUUGCACAGAGGUGCACUGUGAUCCAGCUCCUUCACUAGAGAAUGGCUACCAAACAUUUGGACUUUGCGACACUAAAUAUCUAUCCAUUUGUGUCUACGACUGUUCUGAGGGAUACACCAUUAGGAAUCGCAUACUCCAGUGCACUGGUCAGACGGGAUCCAACUCGGCUUCAUGGAUAGCACCUGGGGGUGAUGUACCGGUGUGUGAAGUGCAAAAUUGUGACACCCCACCGCUGUCUGGCAUCCUUGAGGUGACCAACGGGACCUGUGAAGGAUCUUCCUCUGUUCCACUCAAUGAAAUAUGUUCCUUUGGAUGCGUGGAUGGAUACGCUUUGAAAGGGGACGGCGUUAUUCAGUGUGGCCUGGAUGGAUCGUGGUUGCAACCAAUCCCAGAAUGUGAACCCAUCACAUGCCCCCCGAUACCAGAGCCUUUGAACGGAGGAAUAAAUGGAUGUCCUGUGCAGAUAAAUGUUGAGUAUGGAUCUAUCUGCACUGUCUUCUGCGAUGAUGGGUUCAAGUCCACCACCGGAAGCGAUCCUGUACAACGUACAUGUGACAAAGAUGAAGAUGAUGUAGGCUUUUGGAGAGAGGGAGGAACAAUAACAUGUGUCGUUGUGACUUGCCUCCCGCUCUCUGAUCCAGUCAACGGGGAAAUUGUUUCGUGUACAACCGAUGGAUCAAGCACCAAUAUUAGUCAUAUCCAAGAAUAUAACACGAUCUGCAGAUCGUCUUGUAACCUUGGCUAUACUCCACAGUACAGUGUCACUCGGAGAUGUGGAAAUGAUGGAUCUUGGGAUGGCGUUGAACAGCUCUGUGAAGAUGAAACCAGUCCGGAAAUCAGCUGUCCAUCAGACAAGAUUUUGUUUGCCGAAUUCAACCAACUUGAGGCAACGUUUGAAGCUAGCCUCUGGGAGCCCGUACUUGCAACAGAUGCUGGAAACACCCUUACAGCCUAUCUUUACAGCGUGAACUCGGAUAUAGUAACUGGGAGCAUACCAUCCAGCCUGGUGGAAGGAGAACAUACCAUUGAAUAUAGGGCAACCGAUGUUGCGGGAAACCAUGCUUCAUGUACAUUCAAUGUGGAUGUCAAAGUUACUAGAUGUCCCCCUCUAUAUGCUCCAACAAAUGGUGAAAUCAGUUUGAGCUCUGGCAGUGGCGGCUGUACAACAGGAGCGAUUUACGGAUCUGAAUGCCAAGUCUCCUGUCUCGACGGAUAUGUACUGUCUGAAGAAACAUCAGAUGGUCUCCUUCCCGUCUUCGUUUGCAAUAGAUCCAGUACGCCUUCCACCGUUGGGAUGUGGAGUGGAGAGCCGAAAUCUUGUAACAAAAUCGAAUGUAACAUACCAUCGGUUCCCAAUGGAUCCGUCUCUGGUUGUCCAUUUUCUGCUGUAUAUGGUGAUUCAUGCUACUUCAUGUGCAAUGAUGGAUUCAAGAGCAGUCAGGGGAUUAAGUCUGUUACCAGGGUUUGUCAAGUUAAUGGCUCAUUUGACGGGGAAGACCUCAUUUGUGAUGUUGAGAUAUCAUGUCCCACAUUGAUUGAACCUGAAGAUGGGUCUGUUCUACCGACUACGUGCAGUCAAUCUGGAGGAGUACCUUAUAAUACUCAUUGUUCAUUCUCUUGCAAUCAUGGCUACCUGCAAAAUCAAGUCUAUUCUAAGACAUGCCUUUCUACUGAAAUGUGGAGUGACGUGCGAGAGGUGACAUGCACAGAUAAUGAAGCCCCUGCUUUCUCAUCUCCGUGUCCGCUGGAUCACCACUACAACGCCGACAGGGGACAGUCCUAUACCAACAUACCAGACAUAAGUGAUCUUGCACCAGACGUAACUGACAAUUCCGGAGAAUUCACAUUGACAUUGAAUUCUACAAUACCAGAGGAUAACAAUUUUCCCGAGAACCCAACACGAUUAGUCUACAUGGCUGUUGACUCGAAUGGCAAUCUGGCGGUCUGCCAUGUCAUCGUGCAUGUUACAGUGUUCCGAUGUCCACGUCUUCUAGCUCCUUUUCAUGGAUAUGUAGCCAACUGUUCCGUUAGUCCCGUGUAUGGGUCUGAGUGUUCCUACCUGUGUAAUGAAGGAUAUGAACUCGUAGGAUCAGAAGCGAGGACGUGUGAACUGAGUGGCGAUCAUGGACCAGCAAGUUGGACCGGUAAUGAACCCAUAUGCCAAGCAAAGACGUGUCCUGCACUUAUGACACCUGAAAACGGUUUUAAAUCUGGUUGCAUCAACAACCCACCAAGUACCGAAGUUUUCGGCACGCAAUGUAUUUUCGACUGUGUGUUCGGCUUUGAAGGCAUUGGCGGUAGAAGCCCGAACUGUCAGGCUGAUGGAACGUGGACAAGUAAUAAUUUCAGUUGCAUAGCUGCAUCAUGUCUACCCCUAGAAAUUCCAGAUGGCUCUUCAGUAACGCCAGAAAAAUGCACCACUGAUCCUGUCUUUGGGCAGUCGUGCGUAGUAUCAUGUACGCAUGAAGGCUACCAGCUUUCUCCUCCAAACUAUUCUUUGCUGUCAUGUCAAGGCAAUGGGCAGUGGACUCCAGGUAGCACCGUGGCAACAACGUGCACAGACAUACAAAGUCCGACAUUUUCUGAAUGUCCUCAGUACCUGACUUUCAGCCCGUCCCGUGGGGAAACUCUGGCUAAUGUCACCUGGACCGUUUCGGCUACAGACAAUAGCGGUGACGGACCCAACAUUACCUGUGACAAGGACCAAGGCCCUAUGGGCGAAGGGGACUCUCGAGUCACCUGCACGGCCUCAGAUUCUGCAGGAAAUAACAGAUUGUGUACAUUUGACAUUGAAGUGGAAAUUCACCGAUGCCGUCCAUACUGGCUGCCACAAUUCGCUGAAUUCGUUGGUGACUGUGAUACCAUUUGGGGUACAGAAUGCACUUUAGCCUGUUCUUCUGGCUAUCAGCUGAUUGGUUCUAGUACAGUCACGUGUGAAUCUGAUGGAUCUGAAGCAAGCUGGGUAGUACAGACAGCUCCUCGAUGUGAAGUCAUUCAGUGUGAUCCUCUAGAAUUACCCGAAAACGUCAAUAUCAAUCCACCACUAUGUGCUGGACCAGGACCUGUUAGCGCCGGACAAACUUGCACACCAUAUUGUCCUACUGGUAGAGAGCUGCAAGGUAAUGGACUGCCCAUCGUUUGCGAAGACGAUGGUCAAUGGAACAGAUCGGUUGAAGGUUUGGCAUGCACAGACACAACGGCACCAAUCUUGACCACUUGUCCAUCUCCCAUUACUCUAACGCAGACCGAGGCUUGGGGAGUAACAGCAAAUUUCCCUCCUCCUACAGCUACUGACUCCGUAGACGGUACUAAUCUCAACGUUACAACAUCACCCUCUGAUCUGGUAUCGCCGUACAAUGUUACCGGGGACAUCACAUUCAUUUACACCUUCUCGGAUGUUGCGGGAAACAGUAUCCAAUGUUCUUUUAGCAUUUACGUUCAAGACGAACUUUUUCCCGUCCUGGAUUACUGUCCUAGCGACUUUGAAGUCAACACCACCACACAAUUGACGGAAGUUACCUGGGAUCCCCCCAUAUUUUCGGAACCUACUGGGGAUCCUUUGGAAAUAUCCUGCAACUAUGAGAACAAUAUGGCCACGCUGGCUAUUGACAAGGAUCACUUGGUAGAGUGCACGGCAACGAACCUUGAUAACUCUAAAACCACUACCUGCAGCUUCAUCAUCAGCGUUAAAAGAAAGCCUUGUCUCAGCUUAGAUGCGCCGACGAACGGAGCUCUUGCUUGUGAUGGGUUUAGUGGCGGUACAUUUUGUUCUAUAUAUUGCAACGACCAGUUUGACAUUCCAAGAUCACGUCCGGCAAUCCCUGAACGAUACGUUUGUGGAAUAACAGGGCAAUGGACGCCACAUGACAGUGUGCCAGACUGCACUGAAACAAUUAAUGGAAAUCGAAUAAACCUUCCAAGUGAGGUACAUUACUACAGUGGGUCCUGUGGAACUACUGAAACCAAUAAUGAGAUAGCUACUGCAUUCUUGGAAGCGUUUCAGUCUUCUUCAUUUUAUAGUAGUACCUGCACGGAAAAUGCUGAAUGUUCAGUUGACAACAUACAAGUGACAUGUGGUCCUUCCAGUGAAGUGGGCAGGCGAAGAAAGCGAGACGUGGGUCGAAGGGAGUAUGGACAUGCGGAAGCCCCCCUCAAGAAAAUAGAGAAGAGACAAAUUUCAUUAGAUUAUGUAUUCACGGUAACGUGUACCAUUGGACAUAAAUUGACUGUCCCUGAAGGACAAGACCCUUUUGAUGCAGUGCUGGAUACAGAGGAAAGCGUGAUAGAUGUUUUUGAGACCCUUGUCUCAAACGGUGACUUGGACCUUAAUGCCACUACUGUGGACGGUAUCCAACUUGACUUGGAUGAAUCUUCUGUCUCAUUCGAAUAUUCGGAACUUGAAUGCGACCCUCCCUACACUGCAAACAAUGACGACUAUCUCUGCGUACCAUGUGGAAGGGGUUUUUAUUACGACAAUGAAACGCAGGAGUGUCUACAGUGUGAAGUGGGGACCUACCAAGACUCCCAUGCCCAGUUCACAUGUCAGCAGUGCCCUGAAGGACAGUCUACACUCGGUAUCGGAUCCAAAAACCGGACUCAAUGUAGAGAUAUUUGCCAGCCUGGCCAAAGCUCUGACUCCGGACUAGCACCCUGCUACCCUUGCAAGAUAGGUAGCUACCAAGAUGAAUUCCAUUCCACCGAAUGUAUUACCUGCCCCAAUGGCACGUCGACUGAAAGCAAAGGUUCCCAGUCAUCCCUCGACUGCAGUGAGUACUGCGGAGCUGGAGAGUACUCCCCAUCGGGAUUCGUUCCUUGCAUGACUUGUCCUAAUGGUACUUACCAGAGCGGAACUCAACGAAGUCAAUGUCACGAGUGUCCAGGUGAAACUACGACACUGCAGACAGGUUCCACUGAUGCAUCCAUGUGUGUUGAUGUUGAUGAAUGUGGAAGCCACCCCUGUCAACAUGGCGCAUCCUGUGUUGAUGGAAUCAACUCUUUCACAUGCAUAUGCACAGAAGGUUAUAGAGGACAGUUGUGUGCAGAUCGCAUUCUAUGGUGCGACUCCGGUCCUUGUCUCAACGGAGGAACGUGUGUGGAUGAAAGUGAUCAGUUCUCAUGCACUUGUGCUCUUGGAUAUACAGGCUCCGUAUGCGAGACAGAAAUAGACAACUGCGAUCCACCACCAUGUGCGAAUGGUGGAACCUGUAGGAACAGCAAAGGGGAAUAUGAGUGUUCUUGCCCAUUUGGAUUUGGUGGUGAUGCCUGUUCAGACGAAAUAGAUUACUGUCUAGAUAAUCAAUGUGAAAAUAAUGGAAGCUGUAUAGUCUCUGAACUUGCUUUAGGUGGUUACUCCUGCCAGUGUAACGCGGGGUAUACAGGGUCGACAUGUUCUAUUAACAUUGACGAAUGUAAAAGUAGCCCUUGCUUACAUGGCGGCGACUGCAUCGAUGGAAUCAACAGUUUUACCUGUACCUGCACAUCUGGAUUUACCGGUUUGGAAUGCGAAACAGACAUUGAUCUGUGUGCUGACUGGAACUGCCAGAAUGGUGGAACUUGCAAUGAUCUAGGCGACAGCGUAAUCUGUGCAUGUGAUGAAGCCUAUGCCGGGCAGUACUGUGAAGAAGUUAGAACAGCUUGCAGUGACUCCCCCUGCAGAAAUGGAGGAACAUGCUCAGCUGUUGACAACACAACAUUGGUAUACGAAUGCACCUGUACUGAGGGAUUCAUAGGACAAAGAUGCGAAACCAAAGUGAAUUAUUGUCAGCCAGAUCCGUGUAGAAACGGAGCCACCUGUGAGGAUGAAUCUGUUAGUUACGUCUGCCAUUGUCCUGACGGGUAUGAAGGGGAAACCUGUUCCGAAGUAGUACGAUGGUGUGAUGACACUCCAUGUGCAAUGCAUGCAACCUGCAUCGAACAGACUGAUUCUUUCGCGUGCCUAUGUGAUGUGGGUUACACUGGACCGAGAUGUGAGGACGAGCUUACCUUCUGCGAUGUGCAAAACCCUUGUCUAAAUGGAGCGACAUGCAGCGGAGACUUGGAUACAUAUGAGUGCCAAUGCCCACCUGCAUACUAUGGUACGUUAUGUGAACGCUUGAACGACCCUUGUGCUAAUUCGUCCUGUCUGAACGGUGGUUCAUGUGUAAGGGAUCAGCUAUCUUAUCAGUGUGAGUGUGUGCAAGGAUUUGAAGGAAUACACUGUGAAGUUGAUCAAGAUGAAUGUAACAGCAAUCCAUGUGAACAAGGAAGUUGCACUGAUGGUCCAGGUUCCUUUACAUGCGAAUGCGUUGCUGGAUACUCUGGGGUCACCUGUUCUGAGGAUGUCCUGUGUAAUCCAAAUCCUUGUGAAAAUGGAGGAAGCUGUGAGAACCUAAAAGUGAAAUAUCGGUGUGAAUGUGCCUCAGGAUUUUCAGGUACAACAUGCGGUAGGCAAAUAGAUUACUGUCGAAAGAGGCCAUGCGUACGCCAAAAUACCGACCACUGCGAGAAUCUAGUUGGUGGUUACGUCUGCACCUGUAAGACUGGAUUCUCAGGAGCAAGAUGUGAGACAGAGAUUGACGAGUGUGCAACGUCACCGUCCCCGUGUCUGAAUGGUGGAAGCUGCAUCAACCAAUGGGGGAGUUUCACAUGCCAAUGUCAACCAGGCUUCACGGGUGACCGAUGCGACGUCGACAUCGAUGACUGCGUCAAUCACAAUUGUGAAAAUGGAGGAACUUGUAUUGAUGGGACCAAUAGCUACAGCUGCCAAUGCACUCAAGGAUCAUAUGGAUCACAUUGUCAGCUGAAGUCGACACUGUGUGAUAACAACCCUUGUCACAAUGGAGGUGUGUGCAUUUUCAAUGAAGAUGGCUUCCAGUGUGAAUGUCUACCUGGUUUCAACGGUGAUACCUGUGAAUAUGACAUCGAUGACUGCGAAAAUCAUCUCUGUGCUAAUGGCUCUACGUGCCAAGACCAGUGGAAUAGCUACCGCUGUAUUUGUCCAUUAGGUAUAACUGGAAAGUUUUGCGACCAGGAGAUUGAUGAUUGUCUAUUGAAUCGUUGUCAGCACGGAUCGACCUGCAUUGAUGGAAGAUCAAGUUUUACAUGCAUCUGCGCAAGUGGGUUCACUGGGAAGAUGUGUGAAAUUGAUAUUUUGGAAUGUUCUUCCUCGCCAUGUCACAACUUUGGUGAAUGCCUAGAAGGAACAAACAGGUUUGAUUGCCAGUGCCCUGAAGGUUACCAUGGUACAACUUGCGAAGAACUUGUAAGUUAUUGUGUGUCAACCCCAUGCGAGAACAAUGGAACCUGCACGGACGCCUUUAGAACUUAUAUCUGCACAUGUCCCCCAGGGUACACGGGAGACACAUGUGGAACAGUUAUUCCUGACAACUAUGACCUUAAGUUGGAUCACCAAACGUCGUCAACCCUAUUUUCUGCUGACGUGAGCACCGAUUUGGAGAACAUAACUGUAUCUCUGUGGGCUACCGCAGAGAUUACAUCAUCCCACAGUCGACUCCUUAGUUUUGGGUUGGAGAGUCUACAGUUUGGCAUUUACAAUCCUUGUAAUAUCAUGUUCACAGAGGCAACUCGGAAUUUUUCAUCUGAUGGACUCUCAAUUUGUGAUGGUCGUUGGCAUCAUUUGUUGCUUGUAUUUAUCCGCACUGGAAGGUGGUUUGUUCUCUUCGAUGGUUCGGAGGUUAUGAGUGAAAGCGGUGAUGUGUCUCAUUUUAGUCUCUCAGGACAACUGCAGCUUGAGGUUGGAGCAAGUGCGCUGGACGAGGAUGAUUCCAUUUUUAUGACUGGUAUCAAUGUAUGGAGUGGGUAUAUACCAGAUGAUGUGUUAACGAGAAUCAAAUCGGAGUGUUUGCCGCAGUUGUAUGGGAACAUUAUUUCAUGGACGAACUUUGACUCUCAUCAGGAUUUUCCUACAACUUCAGUGACCCCUUCAGUGUGUGAUGAUACUGAUGAAUGCGAAGACCUGAAUCCCUGCCUGAAUGGAGCAACAUGUGUGGACAAACUCCGUUCUUAUACCUGCAUGUGCUUUACGGACUAUACGGGGGUAAACUGUGAAAGAUUCAUAGAGUUAUGCAACACUGAUAGUUGUGAGCAUGGAGGAACCUGCGCAACCAUGAAUGGGACUAUUCAUUGUUCAUGUCCUGAUGGAUUUUUAGGAGAGCUUUGUGAGCAUGAGAUAAUUGAUGGUGGUUGGAGUGACUGGUUGCCAUGGAGUACAUGUAGCGCAUCUUGUGAAAGUGGAACUCGAAAUACUUCAAGGGAGUGUACUAACCCACCACCUAAUGAAUAUGGACAACAUUGUACAGGAGAAAGUGCGAAAGAAGAAACUUGCAACGUUCAAGACUGUCCUGGUUGCCUUCACCUGCAGAACCCCCUGAAUGGUUCAGUGAGUUGUUGGAGUAAAGGAGAAACAAGACAAUGUACUGUUGAGUGCGAUUCACCCGACCUUGGUUUUGUUCAUCCGCCGUUAGAAUUGUAUUCCUGUGGUCCAGAGACAGACUAUAAAUGGGAUCACCAAGAUGACGACAACCGUAGAGCCAUUCUGCCUGCUUGCAGGGAAACAAUACCUCCUGUUUCCUCGAAUGCCCAUGCCGACUUGAUUUACCCUGCUGCAACGUGUGCUUCACAAGCUGAAGAAGAAAACAUUCGACAAAGCGCCGGAUCUAAUAUUUUGAAUAAUAUUCGUGCUAGUGGUUGCAAGAACUGUGCUGUGUCCAAUUUAAAGGUCAAAAAUUGCGGUCUGUCAAGGAAGCGAUCGGUUGUAACAUCUCCAAUCACUGUUUCUGUCGUUAUGGAUCUCAACAACAUUACCGAGGACGAAUCUCUCGUCGAAUUUGGCAGCAACCUCGAACAGCGUUUACAGAACGGAUCAUUUGCAAUGGAGGUAGAUGGCCAGGUCAUUGAAGCCGACGUAAACCGAAGCGGUGGUCAGGCGGUCAUUACUUGUCCGUUUGGAACGGGUCUGACACUGGAGGGAAGAUGCGUUGUGUGCCCGGCUGGUACUUAUUAUUACGUGCUUCCAAACACAACUGAAGCUGUGUGUGGGUAUUGUCCAUUACACACCUACCAGGAUCAAGAUGGCCAAGAUGACUGUAUUCCAUGCCCUUCAGGUUUGAUAACAAAUGAUCCAGGAGCUAAUGACAUCCACUUCUGUAUAGAGCCAUGUCCAGUUGGUCAUUACCAAGAUGUUUGGGCUGAUUCUAAUGAGACGGUGUGUAUCCAGUGUCCUUAUGAUUCCUAUCAAAAUGAAACUGGAAAGGAAAGCUGUGUACCCUGCCCCGAUAAGUAUGUAACUCUUGAACAAGGAUCAACAAGCUCGUCUGAUUGCGUCGCUCUGUGUAAUGCUGGGCAUUAUGUUGAUCUUUCAAACGAGACCAAUCCACAAUGUCCUCCGUGUCCACUCAACACAUUCAUGGAUCUUGAUUCGCAUCAAGAACAAGAAUGUUCGCCAUGUCCGCAAGGAAUGAUAACCACCCAGAAUGGAAGUUCUCAAAGUAUUGACUGCCUCGUCGUGUGUCAGCCAGGGACCUAUUUAGACAGUUCCACAUGCACUCCAUGUCCUUUAAACACCUACCAGGACCAGAUCAGUCAUCGUGAAAGUUCGUGCACCAAUUGUACUGGAGAUCUUGUUACUUUCCACGAGGGGUCAGAAAAUCAACAAGACUGUGAAGAAGAGCCGGAUGAGACAGAGGUCAGCAAAGGUCGACAUGUUGCCAUCAUUUCAGGCAGUUUAGCUUCUGUCAUUGUUGUUAUCAUUCUUGUAGUGACUGCUGUGUAUUGCGUGAAAAAGAUGCAGCAAAGAAUGAAGGUUGGAGACGAGUCGGUUGAGAUGGAGAAGGUUGAAGCAGCACGUGCGGUUCGAAUGAACAACUAUACAGCAGGCAUGUCAGAGUAAACGACAACUGCAAAUGUUGAAUAUCGGACAGUUGCAGACAUUGGCCGUGUACAUAUUCUGAAGUCGGGUUUUAUCUAAACUCUGGUUAAAAGUUGUGGUUUAACUAUGGAUAGCCAAGUGUGACGUCAAUCCCUAACAAUAUAAUUUCAUUGUAUCAGAUAAUGUGCCUUUCGAAUCAUUCUAACUGUAAGGGAUGGACUAAUAAGAUAUAGUUGUCAUCAUCGGUAAAAGAUCAGGGAAGAGCACAUAAAAUAUAAGAAACAUGCAAUAAUGAAUAUUUCUUGACAUGUGACUUCCCAUAAGUUCAGCACAAAGUUAAACUUAUGUUCUCAAUUAGGUCCGACUUCAGAAUAACAUGAAGACUUUUUGCUUAAAUCCUUAUAAAAAAAACAAUGACACAAUCGGCCUACGACUCGAACACAAAAUCAAAGCAAAUACCGUUAAAGUUUUUUAUUAAAGAACAAUAUGAAGAGCAAGACUAAGAAAUGUAAUACACAGUAAAUAUACAUUUUUAGGAGUUUGCAGGUAUAUGCAGCAGGAGGUUUGGUGUUUUUAUUUUGCUUUUAUGUUUCCAAUGCCGAUGCUAGGGGUAGGCUAUACAUACGUAUGAGUCAAAAUAUCUCGUUCUGUGAUAUACUUAUAGGGAAGAGUUU